AUGCAUCAGCUACGGCAAUACGUCGUCGUACGCCCAUGUCGCUUGAUCUCCCAUCGCCGGUAUCCCACGCCUGUAGCCUCGCGCCGAUUCCAUUUGUCGCCGCAAUGGAUGUCUACGCCACCUCACGAUCCUCAUGACGACUCAUCUGUACCAUCCGAUGCCAUUGAUGAUAGCCAAUCCCCGAAUAUUGAAGAUAAAUCUACCAUCAAUGGCUCGUCACCAUCCUUGAAGGGCCAGCCGAGCAAGUCAGUCUCAAGACCGUAUGGCUCUGCUUUGCGCCGAGCUAUGAGAAAUCGCCAAUCCGAACAACCACAGAACACACAGAAAGACAGAACAACUAAAACGAUUCCUGAAUGGUUCUCAGAUCAAAACUUGGUCAUCCACGACUCGGAAAGUGCGGUGCAGAUCAAACAACUCCAAAUCACAAAGUCAAAACGCAUGCCCGAUCAGACGAACCCUGAACCGAAGGAGGUUUUUGCUAGUGCAGGCAGAGAAGAUCCUUCUGUGUCAGAUGGUCCCACAGAUCCUAAGGAUCCCCAGGAAGAGCUUGAUUAUGCCGUGCCGGAGGAGAUAUGGAGCGAGUUGCUAGCGUCAGUCAAAGCUGGCCUGAGAUUACCACCCGUACAGUACGCUGAAGAACCCGUGGCGAGAAAAUCACACCUCGUCCUCCAAUACCCAGGAAAUGACGGUAUCCCCUUUCUGGAUGCCGUUGUACGCCAAGUGUCAAAAGACCUAAAAACCGAUCUGAUUACACUCAACGCCCAAGACAUCGCUCAGCUUUUUAGCGAGUACGACCUCGCAGAAACCGGCUCAUGUUCCCCCGUACACUCAUUAGGCUAUGAGGUCCAUCAGCCGGUGGCAACCCUGCCAGAACCAAUCCAUAUGGAAGGAGAAGGGGUCGCUACUGCGGGCCCAGGAAUGCGAACUGAAGUGAGCAAUCCUAGUUUCAUCACCAUUGAGUCUGGAAAGGACUCUGGAGAUAUUCCAUUGCGAAACUUGUCGGGUUUGAAGUCACUUUUAGCAUCACUCAAUGCCCAGGAAAACCAAGAUCCAGCUGCGAAGCAUGUCGGGCCACGAGCCGAUCGACGCUGGAUUCGCCUCUGGCAUGAAAUAUUAUCUUCACUUGGCCGAGCCCCCAAUCCCAAUCACAAUCCCAACUCCAAGGACGCGGAGGAGUCUGCUGAGCUGGACAUCGCAUUCCCUGUGCUCCCUCGGGAUACCAUUGUUCACAUCCAAGAUUACCGCGAUAUUCAAAAUGCGCAAGAAGGAUAUCGGGUGAUUGACUUUUUGCAAAAGGUCAUCAACGAAAGGCGCCGAGAUGGUUCCAGGAUUAUCUUUAUUGGAAGCAUAUCCGAAGAGCCUCGUCACUCCUCUUCACAGGAUGGCGCAAAGGUUAUGCAGAACCAACUCGAGGACAACUUUUCUAAGACCUUGAUUGUCACCCCAUCCAUGGGAUGGAACGCUCUUGAGAAGAGGUUCGCUCAAGACAAAAAGAUUCGUACCAUGGACAUCAAUAUCCGCAACCUUCAGACUAUGCUGCGAUUCCGUCUCAAUGAGACUUCUUCUCCCGUUAAGGAUGAUAUCUUUAGCCAUCGUGCCUGGCGUCUCGACCCGCUAUUGAUCAAACGAUCUGGCAUCAGAGAGAAUUUCUGGUCCUAUAAUCACGUCCACUGGCUUGCAACUCUUGCCAUUGGUAGCAUAGAGCCUGGAGAAACUUUCGGUAUCGAACAUCUCAGACGUGGUUUUGAGCUGAUGGAUAAGGGCGAUCGAGUCACCAACGAUUGGUUGCAUGACAACUCCCCCAAGAAAACGGAUUCUCGUUACGGAGAAAGCCGAGAGCGACUGUUGGCUUCCUUGCGCAAGACCUGCACUGCGCAUGAAAAGAAAUUCCUGAAUGGCGUCGUGGACGCAAAAAGCAUCCGCACUACCUUCGACGAUGUUCACGUAUCUCCUGAGACCAUUGACGCUCUCAAAACACUCACAUCUCUCUCACUGAUCCGCCCAGAGGCAUUUACCUAUGGUGUCCUGGCAACAGAGAAGAUCACCGGUCUUCUUCUGUACGGUCCUCCAGGUACAGGUAAAACCCUUCUCGCCAAGGCCGUUGCGCGUGAAAGUGGUGCGACCGUCCUCGAAGUAAGCGGGUCGGAUGUGUACGACAUGUACGUUGGCGAAGGUGAAAAGAACAUCAAAGCCAUCUUCACUCUUGCUAAGAAGCUGAGUCCCUGCAUUGUAUUCGUCGACGAAGGCGACGCCAUCUUUGGCUCUCGUAUUAGUAAUUCCAGCAGCCGCACCUCUCACCGCGAGCUUAUCAACCAAUUCCUCCGUGAAUGGGACGGGUUGAACGCUGUCUCCGCAUUCAUAAUGGUAGCCACAAACCGUCCUUUUGAUCUCGACGACGCAGUCCUCCGUCGACUUCCCCGAAGACUCCUUGUUGAUCUCCCUAACGAGCAAGAACGUCUUGCCAUCUUGAAGAUUCACCUCAAAGAGGAGCAACUCGAGCCCACUGUUGACCUCGCCGAGCUCGCCAAGCGUACUGAUCUGUACUCCGGCUCAGACUUGAAGAAUCUUUCUGUUGCUGCGGCGCUAGCAUGUGUGCGAGAGGAACAUGAUGCAGCCGUGAAGCACCAGGGCGAAGAGCCAUAUCAAUACCCGGCUCGACGUACCCUCACCUUCGCGCAUUUUGAGAAGGGAAUGGAGGAGAUCAGCGCCUCGAUCAGUGAGGACAUGCCAUCGGUUGCUGCGAUUCGCAAGUUCGAUGAGCAGUUUGGUGAUCGUCGGGGUAGACGCGUGAAGCCUAAAGGUUGGGGAUUUGGGCCUGUCUCUGAUGGGUCCAAGACUGAAGGAGUCCGGGUUCGGGACUGA